AUGUUACCUUUGCUCAGGAGUUCAUAAACCUGGAUGGCAUCUCACUCCUCACUCAGAUGGUAGAAAGUGGCACUGAACGAUACCAGAAGUUACAGAAGAUUAUGAAGCCUUGCUUUGGAGACAUGCUGUCCUUCACUUUGACGGCCUUUGUGGAGCUAAUGGACCAUGGCAUCGUGUCAUGGGAUACAUUCUCAGUGGCGUUCAUAAAGAAGAUAGCAAGCUUUGUGAACAAGUCCGCCAUAGACAUCUCAAUCCUACAGCGGUCCUUAGCCAUUUUGGAGUCAAUGGUUCUCAACAGCCAUGACCUCUACCAAAAGGUAGCACAGGAGAUCACCAUUGGCCAACUCAUCCCUCAUCUUCAAGGGUAAGCAUGCUAGGCACUCUUGUGCCAUGUUUCUGGAAAACCAUCACCAUGAUGGCCUGGUAAACACCGCGUAUUGGUUUAGUUACAUGCACAAAAAAGUUUUGAUUUGGUACCAAACCAGGUGCUACUCUUCUCUGUCAUCACGCUGAAAUGG